GAGCCAGACGUCUCACAGACCAUCACUCAGGUUCAAACUGAUCCUUUGACUAGGGAUUUGCACUAGUCGUCGAUUUGUUAAUGUGCAUGAAUAAAGGAGUUAUGUGGGGGGGGGUGUUCCAUCCUGUAGCCCUUUGUCUCUAUUCAUCUACUUAUAUUCGGUUUUACUUUUUAAAAUUCCAAAAUAAAAGUUAUUUAACGGUUUUCUUGCAUUGUAAUAUGAUUAGCUAUCCAGGCCCAGUUGUCCGGUAAAGAUUCUUCGAGAUGCAGGGGUCCAACUUCGUGCCGUAUCGGGGGGG